AUGACGUGCAGCUUCGGAACAUCUCGCACGAUGGAGCGGCAGGCGGCGUCGUCGUGGCGGCGCAGCCAUACACCUCCACACAGUAGUCGGCGGCAAGCAGCGGCGAUCGAUCGUGAGAGACAUCUUGGCGCUGCCCAGCGAACGUCGCCUGGCAGCGCGACGAGGAAGCGAGACCGGGCGCCACCCGAGCAGGUCUGGCGAGCCUACGAGCCCGACAUGGAUCCGUUUCGACGCCAGCCACUAAGCGCCGAUGCAAGCUCGGCUACCAUAGACGCAAGUACGCAGACAGAGGUGAUCGCAGAUGACCUCGGACAAUACGGCCCCGUGCACUUGAUGAGCAUGGCGACGAUUGACGAGGUGAUGGCCCGUCUGAGCGAGCGAAAGACCGACCUGCAGCGCCAGUGCGAAGAAGCUGUCCCGGCUCCUGAGGAUUCUGAGCCCGCCACGACCGGUGACGAGCACAUCUUGCUGCCUGACGACACGCCGGUGCAAGCCCCACCGCGGAGCCGGUCCUACGAAGCGCUCGUGCAAAUGGAAGCGAUCCUUGAAGCGCGCCAUCGACAGCUCAUGGAACACGGAACCCUCGACGCCUACGCGCGAGCGCCGGCCAAGACACGACUCGCGAUGGCCGACAUUCAAGAUGAGAUAGCACGCAUGCACAUGCAGCUGCACCCGCGCUCCAAUGCCCAGUGA